CGGGAGAGGGCCGGGCGGCUGCAGCGAAAGGCGGAGUCCGCGGGGAAAACGAAACUGAGAGCGAGCUGGCCAGACCCAGCUGCGCUCCUCGGACUGCGGUGGCGCGAGAUUCCUGGGAGAGGAAAUGGCUGAUAAUCGUACACCAGGUUUCUUCAUGGAAACACUUAAUAGAUACGGUCAGAAGAACAAUGUAAACAUUAACUAUCGUGAACUGUCUAGGAUAGGACCUCCACAUGACUCAAGGUUUAAAUUUCAAGUUAUGAUAGAUGAGAAAGAAUAUCCACCAGCUGAAGGUAAAUCAAAGAAGGAAGCAAAAGAUGCUGCAGCCAAAUUAGCUUUCGACAUACUUGAAAAAGAGGGAGUUAGUUCUGUAUCGACAGCAGAUACUUCAGAUGAUUUAUCCAUAGGGAAUUAUGUAGGCCAAAUGAAUAGGCUUAUCCAAAAGAAAAAACUACAGAUAACUUAUCAACAACAUGAAUCGUACAUUGAUGGGCUCAAAAGAUUUUUUUGUACAUGCCUAGUUGGACAGAAAGUCUACGGUCGUGGUGAAGGUUCUACUAAGCAGAAGGCAAAACAAUGGGCUGCUAAAUUUGCCUAUGAGAAGUUACAAGCAGAAUCUUCCUCAAUGAAAGAUGAUUCGGUUCUCUUUGCCUCUACCCCGGCUGGGCCCAGUGACUACAAAAGCAAGUCCUCAAAUAUAAGUGGUUCUGAAUCACCAUCUGAAAAUGGCUUUUCAGAAAAUGGAUCAGAAAGAAGUGAUAGCAGUGGCAGUUUUAGCAAUACUCCUUCAUCUUCUCGGAGUGACCUCAGAUAUAGUUUGGGGAAAGGGAGAAGAUCUUUAGCACCCAAGUUUGACUCUCCUUACAUGGGAAGAAAUAACUGUACUAGCAAUGACAGGCUUACCGAAUAUUUUUCCGAAAUAACACCAAUUGGCAAAGGUGGAUAUGGCCUGGUUUUCAAAGGAAAACACAGAAUUGACAAGAAGACUUAUGUUAUUAAACGUGUUAAAUACAAUGAAAAAAAUAAAGUAAAGGCAGAGCGUGAAGUAACAGUUUUGGCAGAGCUUGAUCAUCCAAAUAUUGUUCGCUACUCUUUUAGCUGGACUGAAACUGUUGAUGAUGUGGAAAGCCAAAGAGACAGACCCCAGUACCUUUUCAUCCAAAUGGAGUUCUGUGAUAAAGGAACAUUGGAACAAUGGAUCGAUGAAAGAAGAGAGAAGGACGCAGACAAAGGCUUGUCUUUGGAGUUAUUUGAGCAAAUAGUAGAAGGAGUGAAGUAUAUACAUUCAAAAGGGUUAAUUCAUAGAGAUCUUAAGCCGAGUAACAUAUUUUUAGUAGAUACAAAACAAAUAAAGAUCGGAGACUUUGGACUUGUAACAUUUCAGGAAUAUGAUGAAAAGAGGACACGUGAUCGGGGAACUCCCCUGUACAUGAGCCCAGAACAGAUGACUUCACUGGAAUACGGCAAUGAAGUGGACAUCUUUGCUUUAGGGCUGAUUCUUGCAGAGCUUCUGUACAUACCGCCCACUCGUUCCGAAAUGGGUCAUAUUUUCCGAGAUCUAAGGAAUGGUGUUUUCCCCGAUGAAUUUGAUAACAAAGAAAAAAGUCUUCUACAGAAAUUACUGUCAGCUGACCCCAAGAAACGACCUAACACGGCUGAAAUACUGAAGACUUUGGAGGUGUGGAAGACUGCGGGGGAGCAGAAGGGUGUCGUCGGAGAGAGGAAGAUGCGGAGCACGUUUUAGCGCCUUUCUGAAAAAGUGUCCUGCUUCUGAUGCUCGCUUUCCUUGCGACUGUCUGCAACCUGCUAGGGAUUCUUUUCCUUCUCCCUAAUUCUUUUUACUACAUUUGCAGAAAGUUUUGCACUUUUUAACUUCAAAAAUGUUUUCACUUUUGACUUUGUCCCAGGUCAUCUUCUUAUUAUGAAGAUGGGGAAAAAAAUCCCUCAAUUUUUUAUAUCAAACAAUUGAUAAAUCUUUAUCAAAUGUCUACUGUUUGUAGGCCAAAAAAAAAUAAGAUCUUCCCAUGUCUUAAAUAGGUAAUGAGACAGUUGGAGGAAAAUGGUAACCAUAACAAGAUAAGUUGUAUGCAGUCACUUUGGAAAAUAAUUUGGUAUCCUCUAAAGGUAAAUGUGUAUAUUCCAGAAUGGAAUUCCUACAUUCUGCCUAAAAGAAUGCUCAUAGAAUUCCUACAUUCUGCCUAAAAGAAUGUUCAUAGAAUUCCUGUUUGUAAAAGCCAAAGGAAUAGAAAACCAUACUAGUGUCCAUCAAGAGAAAAAUGGAUACAUACAUUGUAUUAUAUUCACUUUGGAAUACUAUAUAGCAGUGAAAAUAAACAGAGUACUGAGAAAUGUAUAACGUGAUACAUCUCUCAGGAAUAAUGUUGAGCAACAAAGCAGGUUGCAGAAAAUACAUACAGAAUGAUUCCAUUUAUAUAAAGUUCCACGACAUGCUAAAUGAAAUCAUUUUGUUUAGGAAUCCAAACAAAUGUGGUAAAAACAAGGGAAGGAAAUGUUGAGAAAUAUUAAAUUCUGAUAGGGGUUGUCUCUGAGAAGGGAUGGGAGUUGUGUGACUAAGGAAGUGGAUUUCAGAGCUACAGCUAACUUUUUUUCUUAAACCAGUUGUUGAGUCUACUAGUGUUUACUACAGAGUUAUUCUUUUUAUCUAAAAUACAUUUUGUAUCUAUUCUAACAAACACUUUAAAGAGAUGGCAACUGUGGUGUAAGGCAAGCUAAGCAUAGAAAAUUGUCAGUCUGCAGGGUUGAGAUCACUUUCUACUGAAGUAUAAUGGCACAGGGCUUCCAAGUGGCACUCCGCAAGGGACUUAAGUGAGUAGAGACGAGACCGACCACCCGAGAAGUCUGGGCAAGGGGCAUGGCAUAUUAGAUGACACAGACUAAUCAUUAAUUUUAUUAGGCGUGAUAAUGAUAUUGUGGUCGUGAAGGACAGUGUCUCAUUCCUGGGCAAUGCAUGCAGGAGGACCCAGGGCUGAUGUGGCAUCAUGUCUGCAACUUUCAAACGCUCAGCAAAAUCAAUGUGUACGUGAAGAGAGAGAGAGAAAGCAAAUGUGGUGAAAUGUUAACAAUGGAACAACUGAUAAAUCUAGGUGUGUGUUACAGAGGAGUUUCCAUCAUGUUCCUUGAACUUUCCUGUAGGUUUGAAAUUUUUCUGCAAGGAGAGAAAUCUUUUUUCUAAAAAACUAUCAUCUAGAUAUAAUGAAUAAGUCUAUCCUCAAAAGAAGGUAACCUUAUUUUUAUUUUCUGAUUUUAAUAUGUAUACUAUGAUGAAAUAAAUAUAGCAUCUCUUGGAAACUUUUA